GAGCUGGCUAACACGUGAAUUAACACUAAACUCACUAUUUUUUUUUACACUUUACUGUCGAAAAAGUUGUUUUUCGUAAGAUAGUAAGGCAGGAGUUGGACAGCGCUAGCGUUGAGGCCAUGGAGAACCCAGAGGAGGACAGUGUGCAGAUUCAUGGAGAUGAAGAAAUUAUAGAGGUUAUUGAUUUAAAUGAAACAGAACAGUCUGCAGAUGAUCUGGCAGAUGAUUUGGAGGAUGUGGACUUUGCUGAUGCAGAAGGUAAUGCAGGUGAUGAUGAAGGCUGGGAGACUGAAGAUGAGGAGAUGGAAGCAGAGCAGGACGACAGUGAAUUUACUUUUUCUAAACACACCGGUUGUGUUUUCUGCAUCCAUUUGGACCCGGUGACAAACAACCUGGCCAUCACUGGUGGUGAGGAUGACAAAGCAUACGUAUGGAAUGUCACCGAUGGGGAGGUGCUGUUUGAGUGCACAGGUCAUAAGGACUCUGUUACUUGUGCUUUGUUCAGCCAUGACUCAAAGCUGGUGGCAUCUGGAGACAUGAGUGGUCUAAUAAAAGUGUGGAAAGUUGAUACCAAAGAGGAAAUUUGGUCUUUUGAAGUAGGCGAUCUGGAGUGGCUGCAGUGGCACCCUUGUGCGUUAGUGUUGCUGGCAGGUACUGAUGAUGGCAAUAUGUGGAUGUGGAAGAUACCAAGUGGAGAAUGUAAAACCUUUCAGGGACCGAACUGUCAGGCAACAAGUGGAAAAAUUCUCCCUGAUGGAAAAAGAGCAAUGGUGGGUUAUGAGGAUGGAACCCUUCGUCUGUGGGACUUAAAACAUGGCAAUGCCCUCCAUGUUAUUAAAGGUCACGAUGGCCACCAGGGGCCGCUCACAUCCAUGGAGUGCAAUAAAGAUGGGUCUCUGGUUCUGACCGGAUCAGUGGACGGCCAAGCUAAACUUAUAAACACAUCAACAGGCAAAGUAUUGGGCUCAUUCUCAAUCGAGAACAGUGAAAAGAAAAAUGCGGCGGAGGAACAGGAUUCCAUUUCGGUUGAGUCUGUAGGAUUUUGUAAUGUACUGCCUCUCAUUGCUGUGGCAUAUCUGGAUGGCACCCUGGCCAUUUAUGACUUGUCUACGCAAAGCCUUAGGCACAGAUGUAAACAUGAGGUUGGCAUCGUCCAUCUGCAGUGGGAGGAGGCUUCGGCAGUGGUGGCCACCUGCAAUCUUGGUGGAGUUGUAACUCUGUGGGAUGCUCGGUCAGGAAACAUGGUGGCAGAGUAUCGCGGACACACAGCAGAGAUCCUUGACUUUACUCUCAACAGAGAGGCUUCAAUGGCUGUGACAGCAGGAGGUGACAAAAAAGCCAAAGUCUUCUGUCUUCAGAGGCCAGAUCGGUAAAAAAAAUAGUUGUCACAAAGACCUCAGCAAUUGGGUAACUGUAGCACCUGUUCAGAGAAGGUUCUUGCCUUCUAAUUUUGUUCUACUGUUUGACUUCUCCAGCUUCUUACAUCCACAGGCUGGUGCUUUUACAUAGUUCAUUUGGUCCUGUAUAAUUACUGGUGAACUAAUCACAGAAUACAGCUAGUUUUAAAGCUGGAGAUACAUGGACUGCUGUUUUUCUGUUAAAGAAAACUUUUUUUAACGAAUUGCUUCAUUUAUGUGUAAUCUAUAAUGUACAUUGCUUACAUUUUAAUCUUGUAUGAAAAAAUAUGCAAGUUCUGCCAUGUUGAUCGACAAAGUAAAAUAAUCAGUGUUUGA